UUUACCACGGCAUGCUGAUAGCCGAGAAUCAUCUGAGGCGGAAUUGUUUAUCGCAAGAGUUUAGUUUCCUUUCACAACUCGGGCGUAGAUCAACAACUUUGGUGGACAUUAUAAUUUCCAAUUAGGACGCCUUUCGCCGCUCUGAGAAGGUUCAGUAAUGGUGGCUUGACCAAGACAGCAUCCUGGAAACGCAGGCUCUGACAAGCAAUAGAAAUAAUGGAUCGAUGGAUUCUGUCCUUGAUCCUGUUAAAUAUUUUGCUCAGAGCAGUGGAUGGCAUUUACAACUGCACAAAUGUGCAUCUGAGCGGACAAGGGGUCAUUCAGAGCCCGAGACACCCUGACCCAUUUCCUGAUUUUGUCCAAUGCUCCUGGUACAUCGACAUUCCAAAGAAUUAUUCCCUCUCAAUCAGGAUUGUGGAGCUGGACAUAAAUAAUGACUAUUUGCCUUUGUGUGAGAGCAAAAAAAGUUGCUGCACAAGCAACUGGCUGUCCAUAUCCUCGUUCAAGCAUAGCUUACCAUCGCACCCAUUAUGCAAUGGGAUCCACUACAGUCAAGACAUGAUGCUUCAGGACGUUGAAAAAGUUGCUGUCGUUAAGUUUCAUUCAUCCAAAAACGUGAAGGCAAGCAGUGGCUUCAAACUCAAGUUCGCUGUUGUGGCCAACUUUGCAAACCACUAUUGCCUGAUUUCCGAGUUCCCCUGUGCUGAUGGGAAGCAGUGCACUGAGGAACUACAGAUUUGCGAUGGAAAAAACGACUGCAAUGACAAAUCUGACGAAUCUCACUGUGACAUGAGGUGCACAGAGCAGGGUCUGACGAGUUGUCCUGACUCGCCUUUGGUUUGCUACAACGCCUCAAUCAACGUGUGUUCGCGACUUAUGUCUUGCCCUGCAACCCAACACAAGGGCUGGACCCUGUGCAAGGAUGGCAAGGCGUGCUACCGUAGGGAGCAGCGCUGCGACCAGGCCUACGACUGCGACGAUCAGUCAGAUGAGCUCGACUGCAAAAGCUCAGAAGAAGCCUUCUUCCUCUGCGAUGACUGGACCAAGUGGAUUCCCAGCGCCAAGGUCUGUGAUGGCAGCAACGACUGUGGUGACCACUCUGAUGAAGAGUGCUGCGUCAAUCCCUCUCUUGAGACAGCGAUGAUUGUUGGCUGUCUGUCGUGCAGCCUGAUCUUCAUCCUGCUCACCUCUUACUUCUUCUUUGGCUACGGGCAGCCCCCGGAGAGCUCGUUGAUGGACGGCAGUUGUUCGUCCCUUCGGCCGUCGCUCAACAUCUCGGGCCCGUCGUCCUAUUUUCUGUUCCGUGAGCCGCCCCCGCCCUACUUUUCUGAGCCACACCCCAAUCGGAGGCGGUACCGCCGCCACCGGAGGCGAGUGUCGCCCACCGCCGCUCAGGCGGCAACUGAGCAGGGCAACUUGCCACCUGGCAACGCGCGGGAUCAGCCUGAGGCCAAUCCCUCGGAAGAGGCUACCAAAAGUACUGAUGAGUCACCUUCUGGCUCUGCUGCUUGAAUUCUUUCCCUCUGGACGCUGAUAAUUGCAACAGUGAUGGCCUUGAAAUACAGCAAUCAAAUAUGAAGCCUUUGAAUCUUGAAUUAGAAAUUGAGGUUUCGGAUAAUACAAAUUAAGAACUGUAUUUUGCGUUUUUUGUAUUUGAAUUGUAUGUGGUCAAACUAAAUAUUUGUGUUGCAAUUUUCAUGCGUCAUGUCUUUGGAAAUUCUAAAUUCGUUAUAUAACCUCAAGCAAUUAAGAAAGUCGCGAAAAAAUUUAUAUUUCCUCUAGGAAAUAUGAUGAAUGAGGCUGUUUUUCCUACUAAUGCAAGGCCAUUUGUGUGUUGAUUUUUUCUCAAUCUGCCUAUCACAGUGAAAUGCAAAAGAAAGGCAUCUAGUCCAUGCUGAUUAGUUCUGAAUGAGGUUAAACAAAACUUACAGUACAUUUAAGUAAGGAUCUGAUUAGUGGCCAACACAUUUAUGAUAUAAUUUCUUUUUAUCUUCUAAUGACAGACUCCUGGACGUUCCGUCCUCAGCCUUAAUCAUGUUACGCCAAUGUAAUCUGAUUUGAUACGUGAUCGUGAGUUUUCAAAAUCAUGCUCAGUGAGCUCGUAAUUGAUGUAGCAUAAUUAUAAUAUGUUGAAAUGUCAUUUUUACUUUUUCAGCAUUUCUCAUUCGUCUCCAAUUUCUACUCUGUGCAUCACGUUGUUAAUGCACGAAAGCAAAUCGAAAUACACGCCUUGUGAUUAAUUUGUAUGUUAUAUUUUAUUAUUUAUAAACGCUGUUAACACUAUGUUUUGAUUUAAAAAAUUUUAAAUAAUAAAAAUUAGCCUGUAAAUUA